CUCUUGGCUGCACAGCGGGGCAGGGCCACACAAUCACUGAAGAGCUGCUGCAGCAGGACGUGAUGGCGCUUUGAGGACUACUCUACCAUGCAGUCCACCAUGAAUUUCAAUGGACUUCCACGUCAGGGCAGCCAAGAUAAUUUCAUUCUGGAUAAUACUCUGAGGAAGAAAUGUUCCCUUUGGUACCGACGUUCACUGAGGGGAAACAAUGAUCGACAACGGCACAACACAGGCUCUCUGCAAAGAGUAUGCAAGCCCAAACAAACCCGCUCCAACUCACUGGUUGAUUACUCUGACCCACAAAGGACCACGAUUGUACUGGAAAAACAAGACAAUGAAACAUUUGGUUUUGAAAUUCAGACCUACGGCCUGCAGCUGAAGGAAAGCUCUGCAGUGGAGAUGUGCACGUUUGUGUGCAAAGUGCACGAGGAUAGCGCUGCUGAGAAUGCUGGCCUGACCGCAGGAGAUAUUAUCGUCACCAUCAACGGGGUCAGCGUUGAAGGAUCAUCUCAUCAGCACAUACUUGAUCUCAUAAAAGAAUCCACCAACAGUCUAAAGAUGGAGACUGUAUGUGGGAAUAUAGUGAAGCAGAUAGAGCUGGAGAAGAGGAUGAACCUGCUUAAGCAAUCACUACGUGAGAAAUUGGUGGAGCUGCAAGCCCUAACAUUACAGGAAAAACGUCUGAUGCGAGGUAACUUGAACAACAGCAGCCUCCACCUCUCAGACUGCUCAGCGAUCCUGAGCUCCCCCACAGGCCGCUGUGGCCGGCGUUUUUCUAGUGGCAGUAGUUACAGGAGCAUGAUGACAGAGGACAGUGACCAGGCCAGUGUGUUUGGGGAUCUGUGCUCUCCCAGCCCAUGCAGUGCAGCCAGCUCCACAGACGACAGCUGCUUCUUCUCCAGAGAUUUUCCCUCACAUGACAGCUCGCACAGGUUUUCCUCGAGCUCCAGCCGACAUCACCAAUCCCUCAGCCGCUGCAGCAGCUCCAGUUUGGCCGACAGCAGCAGCUCCCUCUCUCCUUCCUGGGAGGAAACAAGGAUCUCCUCCUUGUUUGGCACCCUGCCCCGUAAAAGCAGGAGAGCCAGUGUUCGCAAACACAUCCUGAAGUUAAUUCCUGGACUCCAGCGAUCAGUGGAAGAGGAGGAGAUCGGAACAAACGCUCAGUGACUGUUGUUCACAUGCUCCUUGUGUCUACUUGAUAUCAUGGGUUAACAUGGUUUCUCCUGCUCUUGUUGCAGAAAGAAAUAUGUUCUGUAAAGAAGUGUUUCCCCACACUUAAGGUUGGGUUGAACCUUUAAAAGAACUCUGUCUUUGCCUUCAUGGGAACACAGAGAUGACAGACAUUUUGGCACUUGGCAUUUGUCAAUGUCAAAGUUUACUCAAGAGGGUUCUGAGCCUUAAAGUUGAGCCGGGCUCACUGUUUGGCUUAGACGUGUGGUAGCACAAAAGCAUUAUGAAAAUAUUAUUUUGUUUAAAUGGAUGUAUGCAUACACAAUUAUAAUGUAUAUAGAUGAGAUUAUGUAUCCUACUAGCUUGAAUAAAAAACUGCAUUAAUCAGAAUGGUCUGAACUAGUAGCUGUACUCAUGUAGCACCUUGGAUUUCCAAAUAAGACUAUUGCGACUUUCUGAUUGAGAACAAUAAAUUUUUCAGGUCACAUAGACAUUUAAAAAGUGUUCUUAUUCUGUCCCGUUCAGGUGCUGAAAACAAAAACCAAAGCUCUACUCAGUAUAAAUAUCUUCUCAGCUCAAAACAGGAUGUGGGCGCAAAGGGUGCUACUUAACUGUUUUCAUUUCUUACAUUAUUUUUGGGUGUGUACAACUGUCGGUGUUUGUUUAGAAACACUGAAACUGUUUCUUGUAAAUUAUGAAUGUAUUAAAUGUGCAAGUUUCAUUUUCAGCGGCAAGAAAAUACAACUUUUUACAGAAUGUCAGGCUUUAUUUUUGGGUAUCAAAUCAAGAACAUCUGUAUGCAAAAGAUAAUAAACUUGAAGUCUUACAAACCAACCAGUGUUUUCCUUUAAAU